AUGAGAAGAAGUGAGCAUCGCCAUCUGAUACUUCAGAUUGCGCUCAAGUGCGCGGACAUCUCCAACCCCUGCCGGCCUUGGGAUAUCAGCAAGAAAUGGAGCCUAAAGGUUUGCGAGGAAUUCUUCAGGCAAGGCGACUACGAGCGCAAAUUAAACUUACCUGUUACAGCACUCUGUGAUAGACACACGACUUCGAUUCCCAAGAUACAAACAGGGUUUUUCAAGUUUGUAGUCACGCCUUUGAUAACCGAGUGGCACAGAUUUUUGCAAAGCGAUUUGUCUACACAGAUGUUAGAGAAUCUCCUUUACAAUCAGAAAAAAUGGGAGAUGUUGGUAGAUAAAGAAAACGCGGAAGAGACGCGAACGGAAAUAUCAGAAGCUGAUUUGGUAGAUGAUGAUAUUGAGACUCGUUCCGGAACAAAUAUAUCUGACAGCUCAGAGUUACUGCUUCCAGUCCGUAGAAGUUCCUUAAACCCAACAAAACCUGGCCUCAGAGAACAGUUGAGGCGCUUCUCGGUACCGCUCAAUGUUUUCCAAGAUUCCAAGUUUAAGAGUCGAGACAGAAGCCGCGCGUCGCCCAGCUUCGAUUUUCACAGGGAGUAUGGUAGUCCACUUGGAAGUGAAUAUUCGUUACAUUCGCAGCUGAGCGUUCACGGACUCUGCGAGUCUGUAAGUACUGCUGCGGAGAAAGUACUCAGUACUGAAAAGCUUCUCCCGGAUUCCUCGAUCGCGUCAAUCACAACGCCCCUCCAAGCAACGAGGCUAAACACCGUGAUCAAAGACGGCGGUAGCUGGAAACUUGUUCGUCAACAAACUUUCCCGCCUCUGGAAACUGUAGCUCGUGCACAUCCACUAGCCUCCCGUCCCCUACACACGAGCAACGAGGACGCCAUAUACUCGUCUCGAUUCACGAAAUCCGAUUUCCUACAACGCUUGGAAAUCAAGCGAGACGGCAAAUUUAGCUUAUUUAAGAAAACUGAAACCGAAAAGACUGAAAACGAUGACGCUUCUUCUGAAAAUAAUAAUUUAGAUAUAGGUGAUGGUGCACAAAAACUGAACAAGGAGAAUUGCGAAGCGGUCCGUACGGCUGUCGGCAGCCAACUGAGGGACAAUCUGACUGCAGUCACCCUCGCCACGUUGGCCUCGGAUCAAUUGCUGCGGCGCCGAAAGUCUAUGCCAGCUGAAACAGUGGCAUACACUCCCAAAGAGAAGAAGAUGCGUGAGGUGACCGCAGCCAUACCGGAGUUGCUUCGCCGUACUCUGUCCGGGAAAGAGUCUUGGACACGUCGUCGGGGCUCCGCUCCCGCCCCAGUGGCGCCAUCUGAGCUACGUGGUUUAACAGCCUUAGGAUCCCUACGUCAUAGUGUGAACGGAGGCAGAAGAAAACCUAGCCCCGCAGUCACAUGCCAGCAGUGGUUCGCCAAGACCACGUGCAACGUCCAAGAAAAGGCAUUGCCGAAUUUUCCCCGUCGAAGCUCCUUACCCGUUGAGGUGAUGACAGGUUGA